CGGGAGAUUUGAAUCGGCGGCGGCGACUCCCUCGCGGCGCAGCGGGAGCUGCUGCUGGCCGGCGUCCUCUCGCCAUGGGCGAUAACCUGGAAAAUGCCGUUCGAAUGUUUGAAGCCCACAUGCAGAGCUACAAGGGCCAUGAUCCACUUGGUGAAUGGGAAAGUUACAUUCGGUGGGUAGAAAAGAACUUUCCUGAAAAUAAGAAAUACUUGACAACUUUAUUAGAAAAUUUAAUGAAGGAAUUUUUAGAUAAGAAGAGAUACCACAAUGACCCAAGAUUCAUCAAUUAUUGUUUAAAAUUUGCUGAAUACAACAAUGACUGUCAUCAGUUUUUUGAGUUUCUGUACAACCAUGGGAUCGGGACCUUGUCCUCUCCACUGUACAUAGCCUGGGCUGGGCAUCUGGAAAGCCAAGGAAAGCUGCAGCAUGCCAGCGCUGUUUUUCGGAGAGGAAUUCAAAAUCAGGCCGAACCUAGCGAGCUGCUGCAACAGCAGUACAGGUUGUUUCAGACACGCCUCACCAAAACCCAUUUGCCAGCUCAAGCUGGAACCUCAGAACCUCUACAUAAUAGUCAGAUUUUAAACCAAAUGAUGACAUCAAAAUCAAAUCCGGGAAAUAACGCAGCCUGCAUUUCUAAGAAUCAGGGUUCAGAACUUUCGGGAGUGGUAUCUUCAGCUUGUGAUAAAGAGUCAAAUGUGGAACAAAGGGUGAUCAUGAUUUCUAAAUCAGGAUAUUCUGUACCCCCAUCUUUGGCAGCCAAAGCUGAUGUUCAGCAGGUUGUUAUGUAUUGCAAAGAGAAGCUUAUUCGUGGAGAUUCAGAAUUUUCCUUUGAAGAACUGAGAGCCCAGAAAUAUAAUCAACGGAGAAAGCAUGAACAAUGGGUAAAUGAAGACAGACAUUAUAUGAAAAAGAAAGAAGCAAAUGCUUUUGAAGAACAACUGUUAAAACAGAAGCUAGACGAACUUCAUAAGAAGCUGCAUCAGGUGGCAGAGCCGUCCCCUGAGAACCUGACAGCUUUCCAGGAAAGCUCUGAGGUUAAUCCAGCACAUGUGGGUCCAAGUGUAGGCUCCCAGAAGGAACUGAGAGCUCCAUCUCUUCCAGCCGUCAGUCAGCAGACCUCAGAGGACGUGGGAGAGAAACCCAGAGAGGCAACUCCUGGUGUUCCUCUUACGGCGAAUGCUGGCACUGUUGCUUUGGCGUCCCCGUCUGUCAGCCAGAGUGUCGCUCCUCCCGUUCCUUUGACGGCCCAGCCAGUGACAGACUCUGUGUUUGCAGCGGCCACAAAAGCUGUCAGAUGUGUGAAUAAAAGUACUCAUGAACUUAAGCCACAGAGUGGAGCAGAGAUAAAAGAAGGAUGUGAAACACAUAAAGCUGUUAACACAAGUUCUUUUCACACAACUCCAAACACAUCACUGGGAACGGUUCAGGCAACACCAUCCAAAGUGCAGCCGUCGCCCACCGUGCACACGAAAGAGGCCUUAGGUUUCAUCAUGAAUAUGUUUCAGGCUCCUACACUUCCUGAUAUUUCUGACGACAAAGAUGAAUGGCCAUCUCUUGAUCAAAAUGAAGAUGCAUUUGAAGCCCAGUUUCAAAAAAAUGCAAGGUCUUCUGGGGCUUGGGGAGUCAAUAAGAUUAUCUCUUCUUUGUCAUCUGCUUUUCCUGUGUUUGAUGAUGGAAACAAGGAAAAUUAUGGAUUACCACAGCCCAAAAGUAAACCCACAGGAGCCAGGACCUUUGGAGAACGCUCUGUAAGCAGACUUCCUUCAAAACCAAAGGUCGGUAAAUCUCGGCUUCAUCCAUCAAAUGGAUCUUACAACCCUUUCCUCUUCAUUUACUCCACUGUUGAGAAUCCGUGGGAUGACAAAUUAAUUCUCAGACUUUUAUCUGGGCUUUCUAAACCAGUGAGUUCCUAUCCAAAUACUUUUGAAUGGCAAUGUAAACUCCCAGCCAUCAAGCCCAAGACUGAAUUGCAAUUGGGUUCUUUGCUGGUCUAUGUCGAUCACCUUCUUGGAGAAGGGGCUUUUGCCCAAGUCUAUGAAGUUACCCAUGGAGAUGUGAAUGACACCAAAAAUAAACAGAAGUUUGUUUUAAAGGUCCAGAAGCCUGCCAAUCCCUGGGAGUUCUACAUUGGGACCCAACUGAUGGAGAGACUAAAGCCAAGUGUGCAACAUAUGUUCAUCAAAUUUUAUUCAGCCCACUUUUUCCAGAAUGGCAGUGUAUUGGUAGGAGAUCUCUACAGCUAUGGAACAUUACUAAAUGCCAUUAAUCUCUAUAAAAAUACCCCUGAAAAGGUGAUGCCUCAGGCUCUAGUUCUCUCUUUUGCUAUCACAAUGCUCCACAUGAUGGAACAAGUCCAUGGUUGCGAGAUCGUUCACGGAGACAUCAAGCCAGACAACUUCAUACUUGGAAACAGAUUUUUGGAACAGGACAGCGAAGAUGAUGAUUUAUUUGCUGGCUUGGCACUGAUUGACCUGGGUCAGAGUAUAGAUAUGAAACUUUUUCCAAAAGGAACUGUAUUUACAGCAAAGUGUGAAACAUCUGGUUUUCAGUGUAUUGAGAUGCUCAGCAACAAACCGUGGAACUACCAGAUUGAUUACUUUGGAGUUGCUGCAACAGUGUACUGCAUGCUUUUUGGCACUUACAUGAAAGUGAAAAAUGAAGGAGGAGUCUGGAAGCCUGAAGGUCUUUUUAGAAGGCUUCCUCAUUUGGAUACGUGGAAUGAAUUCUUUCACAUCAUGUUGAAUAUACCAGACUGUCAUCAUCUCCCAUCUUUGGAUUUGUUAAGGCAAAAGCUGAAGAAUAUAUUUCAACAACACUAUACACACAAGAUUAAGACUCUACGUAACAGGCUAAUUGUACUGCUCUUAGAGUAUAAGCGUUCUCGAAAAUAAAAUAUGGACACUCCCUAAAAAUCAGUUUAUAAAUGUUCUCCUGCUCACUUUGAAUCUUGA